CAGGUGGUUUGUUUGUCACGAGUGUGACAUGAAUAGAAGAUUAUCACCAGGACCAGAGGGAAAGUUUAGGAGCUGGCUUUUUUUUAUUGUUUAUUUAUGAUUGCACAUUUAAAGAGAGUGGACAGGAGGUCCCUGGCCCCACAGCACAAUAUGAAGUUCUGCCUAACAAGAUCAAUCUGUAUGCAGGCCAGAGAGCCCCAGACUCACUCAGGGAAACGUAAGGGGGGGGAUAACAGCCAGCCGAGAGGCAGAAGGAGGGCUCCUGGUUGCACUAUGCAAACGUCCUCACUGAAACCUGAAACUGCAGAGGUGGAGUGGUUCCCCAAAUCGCUGCGUGCAGUCUGUGCUCUGCUCCCUUUGAGUUUGCCUCUUUCUGGUUUCACUCACCCUCUAUCAGCGGAGAUUUCAGCAAAAAGAACUCCUUCUGCACUGGACGAUCCUGAGAGGAAAAGAUGCAUCCAAGAGCCCUUCAUCACAUUGGCCUGUAUGUGGCGUUUUACUUUAGCAGAUGCCUGGCCACAUCUCUACCUCUCUACAUUUCCCUGGAGGGAAGUACAGAUGAGGAAGAAAUCAGUUACAUAAACGCCUCUGUCUCAACAAGAAUCAUUCCCACUGAGUAUCAGACCACACCAGUCCACCCAGCACAAGAACCAGACUUCCCCAAACAGAUGAUGGACAUCCUGAAGGAGAAUAUGCUCCUCAUCCUUGUUGCAAACUCUCUCAUCUUCCUCGCCUUUCUUAUUAUCUGUGGAGCAGUUUGCAUGAGUCGCAGGCAUAAAGUUAAUUCCUACUACCCUUCUUCAUUUCCCUCUAAAAUGUACGUGGACCAUAGGGACAAAACCGGUGGUGCUAAACCCUUUAAUGAAGUGCAAGAAAGAGCAUCUCCAAAGCAGGACCAUGAGCCAGUGAACUCUCACAAGCAGCUCCAGGGUGAGAUCAUGCGGGCAGCAAGCAGCCUGCGCACACCAAAUAAAAAUAUGAAUGCAGCUGAGAGAAGUGAGCCGUUUCAGAAAGAGGAAGACCACAGUUCUGAGGAUGGCUGUACACCAGAUCACAGAUUUCUGGAUCAGCAGCAGCUGCCAACUCUCCCUGAGGAGCAGCAGCUUCCUGAGGCACCAGGAAGCUCAGAGAUGGAGCAGCCUUAUAAGGUGGAGGAUUCGAAAGAGGCUUCGGGUGGCAGGAGUCUCCGGCCGUCUUCUCUGCACAUUCACAAUGACACUGCAACGCUUCAGCUGAUCGCCGGAGAGAAAACGGCCUUCUGAACGCUGACAAAUGCUGAUGUCAUCACACAAGAACAGAAUCACUGUUUUGAUUUGUAACAAAUGGGACUGACUCUUUCAGCAGACUCCAUAUCAGGAACUUUGAUAAGCAUUUUAUAUUUUGCCCACUUAGUUUAUCAUGACGUUUGAACUUAUGGAAUUUGAUUUAUACCAUCUAUCAAAUAUUUGUUAAUGCUAACCAGUUGUUUUUCCUCAAAGCAAAAAAGAGAACACUGAUUAUUGUGAGUAUACAUACAACACAUGGAUAAGAGGUACAUAAGUGAGAAAUAUUAUUUAAUAACUUGUAAGAUGUUCUUAGGGUCACAUUAUUUAAAUCAGUUUCCUUGUCCGGGAAUCGGACCGCCAAGGCUCCCGCCUCGGUCUGCCACCCGAUCCACACUGCACCAGACCCUUCAUGUUCCUCCUGCGGGUGGUGGGUCCACAGUUGGAUGAGCCCAUGUAUCCGGUUCGGGCUGGGCCAGGCCGGGCCCCAUGGGCGAAAGCCCGGCCACCAGGCGCUCGCUCACGGGCCCCAACCCCAGGCCUGGCUCCAGGGCGGGACCCUGGUAAACCUCUGGGCUGGGUACUCCGACUCUUUGAAUUUACCUCCAUGAAAGAUCCUCUGAACCGUUCUGUCUCACCCUUCAUGGGAGACCCUACCAGGGGCACAAAGUGCCCCAGACAACAUAGCUCCUAGGAUCAUUAGGGCACUCAAACUCCUUCACCAUGAUAAGGUGACGGUUCAAGGAAAAGGGUGGCUUGCCAACUCCGGGUCGGGGGGGAGGUCCUACCUCAAGUGGAGGAGUUGUUCACGAGUGAGGGUAGGAGGGAUCGGGAGAUCGACAGGCGGAUUGGUUCAGCGUCUGCAGUGAUGCGGAUGCUGAGCCGAUCUGUCGUGGUGAAGAGGGAGCUGAGCCAGAAAGCCAGGCUCUCGAUUUACCGGUCGAUCUACGUCCCAAUCCUCACCUAUGGUCAUGAGCUUUGGGUAAUGACCGAAAGAACGAGAUCGCAGAUACAAGCGGCCGAAAUGAGUUUCCUCCGUAGAGUGGCCGGGCUCAGCCUUAGAGAUAGGGUGAGGAGCUCGGAUAUUCGGGAGGGACUCGGGAGUAGAACCGCUGCUCCUCCAGAUCGAAAUGAGUCAGUUGAGGUGGUUUAGGCAUCUGGUCAGGAUGCCUUCCUGGGGAGGUGUUUCGGGCAUGUCCUGCCUGCAGGAGGCCCCCGGGUCGACCCAGGACAUGUUGGAGAGGUUACAUCUCCAAUCUGGUCCAGGAACGCUUUGGGGUCCUGCCGGAGGAGCUGGUGGAGGUGGCUGGGGAGAGGACGGUUUGGAGCUCCCUAGUUGGGAUGCUGGCCCCGCGACCCGGGUAAGCGGAGGAAGACGACGACGAUUAUUUAAAUCACUACAGUAGCUUACACAAUUAAAAAAAAAAGAGUCAAAUCUAUAUUUUCUAAAUAAUUCAGUAAUAAAAAAAAUUGACUUAAAAAUAAAUUUACAAUAUUUUUAUUGCAGGUUUUCAAUGAAGCAUUUGUAAAUAUUAUAAUUUACAACCAAACUCAUUGGACCACUUGUUGAUUUUUGGUUUGCAAUCCUUUAACAGGCAGUGCUUUGGUGGUGCCAACAGGUCACAACUUUCAGCAAAGAUCAAAACCUGCAUCGAACCUUUCAAAAUAAAAUGAAUAAAAU